AUGGCGGCCACCCUGAGCCUGGGGGUCGAGCUGCUUUCUGCUCUGGGCUCCCUUGGCCAGAGUGAGGAAAAAGUGGCAAAAGAGACAGCGUGUGGAUGCUGGGACCAGGUGGCGAGAGGCACGGCAGCUCCUCCCGUGCUCCGGGUGGCCUGCUCCUGGGUCGUGUGCCACGCCGUGCGGGAGCCCAAGCAGCCUGGAGGGUCCCCGUGGUGGGGAACCGGGGCCUCCCGCCAACAGCCAUGGGCGGCGCCGCCUGGGAAGCCCUUCAGGUGCCCAGCCCCGGGCCCCCAGAUGGGACCACAGCCCCCUGGGGCAGGUCGGGCUGGAGGUGGCCUCAGCUGGACCGCGUGGCUGCUGACGUCCCCCCACCCUCGUCCUGCGUCCUCCUCCCCCACGGGCCCCCGCCGAGAGCGCCGCUCUGACGGACCCCGACAGGGCCGGGGCAGGGUCUCCCCGGUGGCGGCGGCGGGUGCAGGGCGGGCAGCCGGGACCAAACCUCAGGUCUCGGGCCCCUCCCCCCGGAAAUGCGGAUUCUGCCGCAGGGAACGCGCCGCGCAGGAAGAAUGGUCACUUCGCGGUGUGAAACGGGGGUGGGAGCACUGCACUGCCCCGCCGCCCCGGGAUCGGGGGAGCAGCAGCACCAGAAACCCCGACCCCCCCAGUGCCCCGAUACCCCCCCGGCCCCUGUACAGCCAGCCUUUGCGCAGACCCCGCUGCGCGCUCCUCCGGGCCGGCACCGACCACCACGUAUCCUGUCCAGGCCGCGCCACGUGCCUGCCCGCCGGGUGUCCGGGCUCCGUCCAGAUGUGGAAACUGCAGCUCAAGAGGGACGCGACCGUCCCAGCCAGUCGGGGAGGGGCCGAGGCGCAGGCCUGGCACGGCCGGACCCCAGGUCCUCGCUCACCGCGGGGCGCCGCGUCUGUGGACCAGGGGACCCCCGAGCCCCCUCAGGUCCGAGGAUGGCCAGCCUCCGUGGGCGCCCGCGGGGGAUGGGCCGAGGCGCCCCCGACCCGGGCGCCCCCGCCUCUGCGUCAAGCUCCUCACCUGCGCGGCGGGGGCCACGGGACCCGCGCUGCCUCCCCGCCGGCCCAGCCCCACCCUCAGGAGCCGCUGUCACUCUUCUCCGCCCGCCCAGGCUCCUGGCCGCCCCAUUUCGCAUCCAGAGGUUUCCUGGCAGCUCCGAGGGAGGCUUGCGAGCAGGCUGGAGGCAGCACAGAGGGAGGUCCCCGUGGACGCCGCAACCCCGGGGACCGGGCCACCCUCGUCCCCUGGGCCCCACACGGCCCCUUCCUGGCACGGUCGACCUCCCCUCUGACUUAG